AUGAAUCCAGCAAAACUAUUUAGCACAGGCAAUCCUUUAGUAUAUAUCGGAUUUGUUGUUUCUCCAGUGAUCGGAUACAUUCCACAGAUACUCUCAAGAGAUAUUCUCCUAUCCCCGCUUAUUUCAACCUUCUUCAUAAUGUCGAAUAUACUCAAGGUAUUUCAUUACAGCUUUGAAAAAUACUCUGGGUUUCUCUUAGCACAAUAUGUCUUUGCAAUUCUACUCCACAUGUUUCUGAUAACCAUGAACAGGAGGCCACUAAGCACUUACGAGGCAAGGAUACUCGGAAACAGGACAACAAGACUACUCUACAGAAAGUAUGGGGUCAAAGGAAGUGUUCUGGGGAUGGUGUGUAUCUUUAUCUUUUUCAUAAAUCUGUAUGGUGCUCUCUACGGGACUUAUGAGCAUUGCGGAAGGUUUUCAUCGGCUCUUGAAAUAGCUGUUAAUCUUUUCCAGCUGAUACUUGAGAGAGAAGAAAAAAAUCCUGAAAAUCAAAAAAGGGAACCCAAGAGAUCACCUAAGGAGGUUUACUUUUGCUGGGUGGUGGGGGACGUGAUAAAGAUAUGGCUUAUGUCAAGCAUUAGGGCACCCAUAAUCUUCAUUGGAACAAUAGUUGUUCAAAUCUUUAUUGAUAUUUUUCUGAUUUUUUCCUGA